AUGUUAUCUUAUUUGGAAGAUUUGAAGGAAAACGAGGACCAGCUGCGGGAUUCAGACUGCUGCGGCAAUGGCUGCACCAACUGCAUCCUCGACAACAAGCCACGGCCAAGCAAACGCGUCCUGCUGGCUGGCAAACGCAACGUGAUCCUGAGCUACACGAAGUUCCGCCUGUUGCGGCGGGAAGCGCUGGGACCCAAUGGACAGUUGCUGCUCCUGCACUUUGCUCAUGCAGCAGAGGAGGGGGACGGCGAUGGAGCGGUGGACACGGUGCUUGACAUCCCGCCCGGCCACCAUGUGAUGCUGCGCGUCGGCUCCCUGCUGCGUCCGUAUUCGCCCUAUUGGAGCGACUUUGUGGCCAAAGAGUUCCGUAUCCUGGUGAAGCUGCAGCCGGAGGGGCCAAUGUCUCGGCACCUGCAAGCCGUACAGCCCGACGAUCUGCUGGAAUUCCGUGGUCCCAUCGGGCAAUACGUACACGAACCGCAGCCGGCCAAGUGCAUCUAUAUUAUCGCCCAGGGAGUUGCUAUUGCACCCACUCUGCCGCUGGUUCGGCAGGUGCUGGACAACGAGGAGGAUAUGAGUCGCCUGUGGCAUUUGGUGUGCGCUCACGACCUGCUGCAUGUCUACUUCCGCGAGGAGAUGCUCGAGUUCGCCCAGUUCUGGAACUACAGGAGCUGCCUCUACCUGCCGCAUCAGCAGUGUGACUCCUCCGCUUGCCAGGAGGCGGGCCACUGUGCCCAGCAGUGCCCUCAGCUCCGGGACAAUCUACGCUACAAGGAGACGGCAAAGGUGUCCCGAUUAGAUGCCACCGAACUGGCCACCCACCUCAAUCCCGCGAUUCCCGGACAGCGUGUCCUCAUCGUGGCUGGAGAUUCAAGUUUUCAAAAGAACAUCGCCCAAAUAGCAACACAAUCAUUGGACGUAGAUCCGGCAAACAUUUAUAUGUUGUAAAUGCCGGGAAAAACUGUAGUUGCUUAUAAAUAUUUGAAUAUUGUUAAUGAAUUUGUGAUCGUACUGGUUAUACCGAGGGUUUUAUAUUUUUUAUACCCUAGAUUCGUUGAAAAGUAUGUAACAGACAGAAGAUAUACAUAUAUUCUAGAUCUGGAUCAAUAGCCGAGUUGUUCUGGCCAUGUCCGUCUGUCCGUAUGAACGUCGAGAUCUUAGGUACUAUAAAUGCUAGAAGGCUAUCACGCCCACUCUAACGCCCACAAACCGCACAAAACUGCCACGACC